UGAAGUCUGCGCUCCACUCAAUCUUAGGUAGGUUUUGAGCAGCCUGGUUGGAAUGAUUACAAAAGAAACACCGCUUUAUUUUUUUUUCCAAAAAUAUGGAAAUAUGAAAAUAUAAAAGAAUGAAAGGAUGAUAGAAGUUUACCCAAUGGAUUUCCUUUAGAUUUGAAUGUGUAAACUACUGGCGUUAAUGAGAUCAGCACCCUGGACAGCAGCUCAUCUUCUCUUUCAACUUUCACUUCGAAACUGAAGCUCAUCUUCUCAACCCAUCUCAUCAUGGCUCCAGGUAAAGAAGACCUCAAUCUGAUUACUCUGAAUUCCACCAAUGGGAUACCAAUCAUCACGUAAAGCAGGACCCGAGUCUGGACCGAGUCAUGAACUUGUGUGAGACGCUGCUGGAGCUUUUAAUCGUCGCGAUCGCCGUUGCGUCGCUGCUGUCCAACGUGCUGGUGCUUCUAUGCUUCGCCUCGAGCGCGGAGAUCCGCGCGCAGGUGCCCGGCGUCUUCGUGCUCAACCUGUCCAUGUGCAACAUCCUCGCGGCCACCGUCACCAUGCCCUCCACGGUGCUUGGGGUGGCGCGUGGUGGGAAGCCGUUUGGAGACUUUUUCUGUUGGACCAUGAGCGCCGUGGACACGUUCUUGACCACCAAUGCCAUGCUAAGCAUGGCCGCCCUGGGCAUUGACCGCUGGGUGGCCGUGGUGUUUCCACUUACCUACUCGAGUAAAAUGAGGUAUAAAAAGGCGUUUGCCAUGCUGGCCUACGCGUGGCUCCACUCGCUGGCCUUCUCCCUGAUCCCAGUGCUGCUCUCCUGGGCUGACUACAGCCCCACGUACGCGUCGUGCACCCCCGUGCACCCGGGUCACGCGCACACCGCACACGUCGCCUUCACCGUCUUCACCGCGGUGCUGCACAGCGCGAGCUUUGUCCUUACUCUUGUCGUGCUCUGCCUCGCAUACCUGAAAGUUCUCCAGGUGGCUCGUUUCCACUGCAAGAGGAUUGACGUGGUGACUGUGCAGACACUUCUACUGCUGGUGGAUAUCCAUCCAAGUGUCAAACAAAGGUGCUUACUGGAGCAGAAGAAAAGGCGUCAGAGGGCUACCAAGAAAAUCUGUGUAUUCAUUGGAUCUUUCGUCCUCUGCUUUGGCCCUUACGUCAUAACAAGACUGGCAGAGCUGGUUCCAUCUGUGGGGAUCAACCGUCACUGGGGGAUUGCCAGCAAGUGCCUGUUGUACAGCAAGGCUGCAAUGGACCCUUUUGUGUAUUCUUUGCUACGACAGCAGUACAGGAAGGCACUUAUUGGAUUAACUAAUAGGAUCCUGGGGCAUGACUUUUACUCUUCCUCUGGCCACAGCAGCUCCUCGGAUACAGACAAUGACAGCAACCAGCAAAGAGUUUGCUGAAUGCUAAUGCUAACAUUUGUAGAAAAAUAGAGAAUAGUAGUAAUGUACUUAAUAUGCACUUGGCAACUG